GAUAAACUAGAUCUAGAUCUAGAUCUACACCACUGUACUAUGACUAUAUUAUAGUUUCUACAGAUGUAGCUCCAGAUCAAUAGCUUAAUAUAAAAAGAAAAACUUUAAUAAUUAAAUCACACACCAGUUAGAUAGCGUUUGUUCUUGAAUUAUGAAACACAUUAAAAUAGACUUAUUCAUAUUGUGCUAGAAAACUUACACUUGCUGUCAGAUUUAUUUAGUGCAAAAUCAAUAUUUAUUUAGACUUUUUAAAAAGCUAUAUACAGAUUUAUCAGUCAGUCUAAAAUGUAGCAAUAGACCUAUUGCCUAUUGCUGUAGGCCUAGAUAGUACAGUAUUUGAGCUUCAGUGGUUGCUCAUAGAUAUAAAUUAUUUGAAUAUAGAUGCUGGCUAAACACUGGCAUUUUAUUAUAUUUCUGUUAGUAUUUCAACUAACAGUUGGUUGGGACAAUGGAGUCUUAAUUGGGGAUUAGCUUUUAAACCCAGAGACACAGUGUUGUUCAACCAAGAAAAAAUACUUUGACUUCACAUUAGAAUAAACAUCAAACAUUUUGAAAAUGAGUUCAGCAGAGGAAAGUCUAAUGGCGCUUCUUGAGGCCAUGCUAACUUUGGCUGCUAGAAAUGCUCCUGCUAGGCCUCCAAAACCACAAGUCAAAGCUGGUGGGCACCAAGAAGAACAUUUUGUAGAUCUAACAGAAGAUGAAAGAGAAGAGUUUUCAUGUAACAUAUGUUAUCAAAUUCUAAAAGAAACAAUGCAGUGCUCAAACAAUCACAAAUUUUGUCAUUCAUGUUUGUUUGUAUGGUCAACAACUGGACAAUAUGCUAAUCGAAUUCGGUGCCCAGUGUGUAGGACUCACGGCUAUUAUUUUCGGAACAAUGACAUUGAUGAGCGCAUUGGAGCUAAAAAAGUCAAGUGUUUAAUGGAAUCAUGUAGUUGGACUGGUUUGCUAAAAUAUUUGGGAUCUCACCGCCAUACAACAUACAGUGACCCCAAUGCUCAAGGAAGUGAGGAAGGAAGUAGCAGUGUGACUUCUAUGCCCCGGCUUGCUCAAGCUUCUCCUCGUAUUCCAUCGUCAAACACAUCAAGGUUUGUUGGAACAGGGUUAACCACCCAGGGCAAUCAAGAAGUACAUCCCACUCCAAGAUAUUCCCUUUUCCCGAAUGCUACUCUUUCCAGGGAUAGUCCCAGCUCAUUAAGCAGUACUAGCCAAGAAACUGUUGUUGAAAUUCCUCGGCGUUCAAAUGCUGCAACAAAUACCAGAUACAACAAUAGGGCCCCUUUGCGUAGAGUGCCAAAUGUUAGGGCUUCCAUCAACAGUCGCAUAACAUUUAAUCACUUUGGUCCUACUACUGACAAUAACAAUAAUUUAGAGGAUGAAUCACCUCCCUUAACGGAUAGAUCCUCAACUGUAGGGGAGACUGCUGAUAGUUCUGCAACUGUCAAUGCCGGUGGUCAUACGCCUAGACCACCGUCUGGACCAAGAACAACUACAAACACCAGACGACUCCCAAGAUUAGUGAAUCCACCACCCCAGCGAAGCCGUUACCAGCCUCCAGAAGCACUAGCCCUGAGCUCUCGUGCAAGGCCAAGACCCCAAGAAAAUCUUGUAGAGAUUCGAGACAGUCUUAGGGAGAGUAGAAGUAGGCUGGAUAGCUUAAUGAGCACCUUCUCAGGUGAGCUGGACAGCAGCCGACAAGAGAUGAUAGAUUUUCAACUAGAGAGAGAACGCCAGCGAAGAGAACAGCUUGAAGAAGUCCGAGAGCUAGGCCAAAGGCUUGGUCAAGUAGCUUCUGAGCUUCGACGUCUUCUAGAGCAUCGACGUUUUAUUACUAGCUUCAGCGAUAAUGAUGACGAUGAGAAUGAAAAUGAUAUAUAGCUCUAUUACAGAUUUCGUUGCAGAAAAGUAAGAAACGUAUACUUUAACCACAAGAAUAUCUUUUAUAAUGAAUCUGUUUAUUAAAAAAAAAUGUUGCUGACUUAUUUUCAUCUUCUGAUAUUUUAAAGCAAGAGCAGAUUUUUUGUUUAGAACUCAAUUCAAACAUUCUGCAGUAUUACUCUUAGUCAGAUUGCAUCACUGUUAUUCAUAAUGUUUUGAUAGGAUAAUUACAUACAGCUUGUGAUUUUGUUAAAAUCUUUUUUUUUCAAUAUAAAACAUAUUUAACUUUU